AUGUCGGCCAACACUCAGUCCAAAGCUCUUGUCAAUCCAUAUGCGGGUUACAAGAUUCAGCCCAAAUUCAUCACCCUUGAUCCUGAGUCUCCUCAAGAGCUCUGCAAAGGGGAAGUGAUUGCUCGUGCUCUAGACGGCUUCAUGUUUCUCAAAGGGACCAAAUACGCAUACCCCCAUCAAGGUGCUGAUGCAUAUUGGUGGAGGGGUAUCAUUGCAUUUGGAUUUGUGACGCCGUUGUGCGGCUCUUUCAAAUACUUCACGUGGUUGGGACAUUGGGGAGCUGACUGGGAAGAGAAGCAUUUAGAAACCAUUAUAAUUACAAACAUUGUCCAUAUAUCCAAGGAAAGGAACAUCAACUGGCGAAAUGGGACGGAGGAAAUACUCUGGAUAGAAACAAAACAUGGCUAUAGCUACGCUUUGCUGGAGCCCGACGCGCAGUACGAUGGGGGCUAUUGGCGACCGGUAACGGAGUCUUGGGCAAGUACCUCGGCUGAUGGUGUUUCAGCUAGUCCCGCCUUCAAACCACUGCCGUGGCAUAGCCCAAGGCCUGCAUGGUGGGACGCAUUGGGAGACGAGCAAUGGGAGUACCUUGUCAAUACAUACUGGAAGAGUGACGCUUCCGAGGCGUGGUCGGAUUUGCCAACUGCUGAUGAUCAGUCGCAAGCAAACUUGGAAACCACGGUUGCCGCUUCAUCCCUGCCGCCCCCGGAAUAUAUCACUGUGGACUCCGGAUCGUCAAGUGAGGAGGAACCAGCUGUGGUGCUUGUCCAGACCAAGCCGCCAGUUACCAAGGGCAAAAAACGAGUAAACCGGAAGAAGAAACAACAGGCCUCAAGUCGAUCUGGUGCACGGUCGUCAUCAAAGUCAAGCAAGAAAACGAAAUACAAGAAGGUCAAGGUGACCGACGCUCCUGAUUCUGGUGAGGAGAAGGUUACCACAUCUGUGCGGGGGUCUCGGGGCGAGGCAUCCAAAUGGCCUUCCCAAGCACAUUUGGGAAAGGGUAAGGCGCGCCAAGAUCAAGAUAGCAACCGGAAGCGAAGAGUGUACUCCGGUCAAGGAGAGGCUUCCACAUCUCAGAAGAGAAGAGUCACAGAGCCGAUUUAUGUUGAAUCUAGCUCAGACGAGGAUGAAAAAACCGUGUCUUCACCGGCCUCAGACUUGCCAUCUGCAAGUGAAGAGUUUUUGGAAAUAGGGAAUAUUGAUUCUCAAAUGACCCUCCCCGGCAAUUAUGGCGGAAAUUUGAUCGACUGUUUCUGGUGCACAAACGCCUGUUGUUACACGUUGAUCGGAAAGCAGGUUGACGACGCACAAGAGGAAACGGAGUCCUGCGUCUCAAUCCCUCAGAGUAUGCUGGAUAAAGGGGAUAUUUUCCCAUGUCCGCGGUGUGUGUCUGAGCGCGGCCUGACUUCAAUCGGAUAUUUCAUCAACCGAGGACACAAGGCGACAAUGAGGGUAGCGCCGACAUGCUCAUUGAUACUGGUGAUAUAUCACCUCAAGGUAUUCCAACAUUUGGCAGAAUCGCUGUGGCGCCAACUGCAUGCUGCCUUGGCGGCUUUUCACGUCACCGUGGCCGCUGAAACGCGGCUUAUACACAAAGAAUUCAGAGAAGGCAAGUCAGCACACUUGCUUGACAAGAUAGACGCAAAUCGCCCUUUCCACCUUGCCAUUGUUUUUCUCACUGAAGGAGAUCCGCAAGGUGGAUGGUGGCAUACUUCUCAACACGGCAAUCAGAAGAGCUCGAGCGUCGGAGAAGAUCAAUUUCUCGAGACGUGCCUACAUACGUUGAGAAAGAUUGCCCGAAGAGCAUUGACUGCUCGCGUUUUUGGUGUGUCCUGCGGGUUUAACCUGCAAACUAAAGGCUCUCUGAAUAGGAUUAAGGAGUAUCUGCAGCGUACUGCCUUCACGUCUAUUGUGCUCCCAAGCACUUGCUCCCUGCUCAUGUGCGAGUAUCUGUACAUGUUGCCAGAAAUCUUUGUCAACCUGUAUUACUUUGGUGCUGGCUUGGAUCGAACGCUGUUCGGCGUAUGGGGAAGAUCUAAAGAAGCCCGCAUUCAUACUGGACUGGUGAUCAUGGAUAGGGCCGAGCAGAAGCUGCCGCUCAACGUCCGGCAGGUUCAGUAUGCGCCUAUAGCUUUACGACCGCUGGGUGUACAGCUACCCGCGGCUCGAGCCAUAUGCGGAUGCUCGGAGAACCUGCAAACCGACUGGGCGUUUAAGAAGCAGCUUCCUAACGGGCCUGAGAUUAUAUUUAUUUAUCGUUCCAGAUGCUGCGGAAUGGAGCUACAAGUUGGAAUAUUCCCUGGCUCGCGGAAACAACUGGUUUAUCAUGAGGUUACAUUCAUGUCGGAGGUUUGGGACACGAACAAGCGUCUUUUUGGGUUUCAUCCGUUAAGAAACGUUCGCAUGAAGCUAUUGCCGCCGAAUGAAGGGAAAAAACCUCACCUGGUAGACAUUGGUCAGAUGUGGACCAAGGCGGGGUCACAAGCGUUGGCUGCUGAAUCCAGUAUGAAUGUAGCUGAGUAA